CGCUUCCUUCGUAACAAUAACAAGAUCCCGAGUCGGCGUGAAUCUGAAAAUUCCAAUUCGGCCCUAAUCCGACUUCCGGUCAUCAAUUCACGAUUAUGUCUUACUGCAAGCAAGAGGGGAAAGACAGGGUGAUCUUUGUGACGGAGGAAGACCAUGAGACACCAGCUAAAGUGUCGUUACCUGAUGACAGCGAUGAACAACCAGUAGGCCUAAUACAGCCAGAUGGAGAAAUUAACUGGAGUUGUCCCUGCCUGGGUGGGAUGGCAACCGGCCCAUGUGGAGUUGAAUUCCGAGAAGCUUUCACAUGUUUCCACUACUCAAGUGCGGAAAUUAAAGGCUCUGAUUGCCUAGAACCCUUCAGACAGAUGUCAGAGUGUAUGUCUCAAUAUCCAAAUGUGUAUGGAAACAAAGAUGAGAAAGAGGGCCAAGAAUUACCUACUGACACCAGUCCUGAAUCUUCUAAAAUCCGAAGUCAUGAACAAAGGAUUAGCCUUUGCUCGUUUUUAGUAUUGAAUUGGCAUUUGUAG